AUGGAUAUUACUGCUAUUGGAACAGCGGGUACUUUGCAUCUCAAUGACUUCAUAGUUCCUUUUGGAGAGAAGGAAGCCUCGUUCACAACAUCUUCGAAAUCCGAGUUCACUGACCUUGUGACAGCUUGGGUACCUGCGCCAAGCCGGCACACGGUUACCACAGAUCUCCCCCAGGAAGCUUGCAUGGUGACAGAAUUUGCCCGCUUGGUUGGAAAUAUCAAGGCAAAUGGUGCAAAACCCGAUCCGAAGUGGCCAACUAUCAGUAGGAAGACUCAACUUAUACUAGAUGCCGUCAAGACAUCAAUUUCCGAAGGAUUAAAGCCUGUUGAGAUUGCAGCUCAGAAGAAGCAUGAGAAGGCUGUUGGGCUUGAUGUUGGAAAGUUUGACAAGAUUUUGGAAGCAGGUCGAAGGUUAAUGAAGUGCGAAUUGUGGAUGGGAAGGGCUAACGUGGAAACAUAA